CGGCGGCAGAGACACACAGGGAGAGAGACACCUAGUAUGCGCAGAGCAAUGGCGGCCAUCGGUCCCUUCGCCGCCUUACGAAAUCGUAUUCUCAAGCCCCGCAAUCCUCUCAUUUUCCACCCUUAUUCGUUUCCCACUUCCCUUCAACGCAUCGCUAGUUUUUCGCCAAGCACAACAUCUGCGUCCAUUUCUUCGUCUUCACUGUCCUCUUCUCCAUCCCUUUCUUCCCUAGGUUCAGGAAACACCCUGUGUUCUUCAACCUCUUACAAUUAUAUCAAUCUAGAGCCCUAUCUUGUUUGCUCGAUGCUAGGAAGGCGCUUGAAGGUCGCCGUACUUCUUAGUGGUGGAGUCGACAGCAGCGUUGCUCUUCGUCUUCUUCAUGCUGCGGGGCACUCCUGCACCGCUUUUUACCUUAAGAUAUGGUUUCAGGAAGACUUUGCAAACUUCUGGUCUGAAUGCCCAUGGGACGAAGAUUUAAAGUAUGCAAGAGCUGUUUGUGAUCAGGUAGACGUUCCUUUAGAAGUUGUACAUUUAUCAGAUGAAUAUUGGAGGAAUGUGGUAUCUCACAUUAUUGAGGAGUAUCAUGUUGGCCGCACUCCAAAUCCUGAUGUCCUUUGCAAUACAAGAAUCAAGUUUGGUGCAUUCUUAGAAGCAAUUGAAAACAUGGGGUUUGAUUACAUUGCUUCUGGUCAUUAUGCAUAUGUGAAUCACUCAUCCUGUAGUGCACACAGUGGAUCUUCUGUCUUGGCAUUGUCAAAGGAUAUGCUGAAGGAUCAAACCUAUUUUUUAUCACAUCUCUCCCAGUUUCAACUUAGACGUCUUCUGUUUCCUCUUGGUUGUCUCUCAAAGGAUGAAGUACGUUAUCUGGCCACCCAAAUGGAUCUUCCAAACAAUGAGAGGAAAGAUUCUCAAGGGAUAUGUUUCCUUGGAAAGGUUAAAUUCAGUGAAUUUGUUGCCAGGCAUAUUGGAGAGAUGGAAGGCUUAUUGCUAGAAGCUGAGACAGGAGACUACCUGGGAAAUCAUAGGGGCUUUUGGUUUUAUACUAUUGGACAGCGCCAUGGUCUCCGCCUUCCUGGAGGACCUUGGUAUGUUGUUGAAAAGGAUGUGCAAAACAAUGUUGUUUUUGUUUCAAGAAACUACUUUUCAUUGGACAAAAGGCGGCGGAAGUUCCGUGUAGGAUCACUUAAGUGGUUUGGAGGCUCGACUCCUGACAUGCAAGAUCGGCUCCGAUGUAAGUAUGCAGAUAUGUCAUGUCGAAUAAUGAGGAAGAUUCUUGUUGUGGAAGAUGAGCGCCUCGUCUACAUAGACGGUGAGAGCCCGAAGGGCGCGAUCCUUGCACCUGUGCCCUGGAACAAACUUCUCUUCACAUCUGAAACAAAGGCCCUUGGCCAUCUUCUCCUGCAUCUCUUCCUCAGUCAAUUUCUUGAAGCUUCCAGCAAAUCUGAUCACCCCGCUCUUCUCCUUUCCACUCUCCCUAGGGAAGCUAGGGCUUGGCCCUUUUGGAGCCAAGUGGUGGUUGUCCUGGUGGGCCCUCCUGAGUGCGUGUUCCUCCAAGUUCGGGCAUUGGUCUUCUAG